UAGCGAUGAUGAUAGGUCGGUCACGUGACAAGUUUUUGUAUAUAAUUAAUCACGUCUGAACGAUACCAUAUUUAACAGUCAAGGAUGAACAUUGCGGUAGCAGGACUUGUGUUACUCACUGGCUAUUUACAGAUUUGUGAAGUCCAGUCAAGGCGCGUGCGAUGUUACGGCGGGCCUGUGUGUGGUGUUAAUGGGAGGACGUACAGUAGUGAAUGUCUGGCCAGGCGAAGAGGCAUCUCAGUAGCAUGCAGGAGGCAAUGCCCCUGUAAGUCGAAUUGUAUGUGUACUAGGGAGUACCGACCUGUAUGUGGGGUAAAUGGGAAGACCUACAGCAACAAGUGUGUUGCAAAGUGCAACAACGCCGCUCCUAUAAGAUGUCAGGGCAAGUGUCCAUGUUCAAGCCAAUGUGUCUGUCCACUUAUCUACAGCCCCGUGUGUGGAUACGACGGUCAAACGUAUGGUAAUGCCUGCAGUGCUGCCUGCGAAAACGCGAAAGUAAGAUGUAGAAGAAAAUGUCCAUGUAGAAAACGCUGUGCUUGUCCUAAACAUUUGGAUAGAGUGUGCGGUUCAGAUGGAAAGACCUACGGAAAUCCAUGUGUGGCCAAGUGCAAGGGUGUUAAGAUAAAGUGCCGUGGCAGAUGUCCGUGUCAGAACUGUACGUGUCCAUUAAACUUUAAUCCAGUAUGCGGAACGGACGGACAGACAUAUCCGAACGCAUGUGCAGCCGGGUGCCGGGGGGUUGAUGUGCAGUGUCCGUGGACCUGUCCCUGCUUUGUGAUCGGAAAGUGAUCAGAUUCAAGACCUUACAAAUAUAAGAUCGCAGCUUUGUUUUGAUAAAUAAUUGAAUAAUAAAAAAGAGAGCUUAACCCAGAGUUCAAAAUGAGUUCAUAUUUUGUGAUUUGAUUUGAUUAUUUGCUUUUAAUAAAUAAAGAUUUUACCUCUAUGUCAA